AUUUGUUUCAUGCGAGGAGUUGGCAGAGUCCCACAACCAGCAGAACCUGAUCGGGAGGUCAGCAUUCCACCUCGCAAGCAAGUCACACCUUGCUGUGUCACACACUGAGCUGUACAGGCAAGCGAAAACAAAGACUAAACCUCCUGGUCCGGGGGCAAUGUUCCUGCGUCUGCUCUUCCUGACCGACAAAACCCCUCUGUUGACGGCACUUUGGGAGGGAAGAAGGAUUGUUGGAUCUUUCCCAAGUCGACCAUGAGUUUGAGGAGGAAGCUGGUGGUGGUGGGAGACGGGGGCUGCGGGAAGACCAGCCUGUUGAUCGUGUUGAGUCGCGACGAGUUCCCCGAGGGCUACGUCCCCACCAUCUUCGACACGUACGUGGCGGACAUCGUGGUGGACGAGAAGCCGGUGGAGCUGGCCCUGUGGGACACGGCCGGCCAGGAGGACUACGACCGCCUACGACCCCUCUCCUACCCGGACACCCACGUCCUGCUGCUCUGCUUCUCGGUGGACAGCCCCGACUCCCUGUGGAACAUCCCCGAGAGGUGGAUGCCCGAGGUGAGGCACUUCUGCCCCGGGGUGCCCGUGGUGCUGGUUGGCAACAAGAAGGACCUGCGCCAGGACGAGAGGACCCGGCGGGAGCUGGCGAGGAGCAAGAAGGAGCCGGUCAAGUGGGAGGAGGGACGGGCAGUGGCCGAGAAGAUCGGGGCCCACGCUUACCUCGAGUGCUCGGCUAAGACCAAGGACGGCGUGUGGGAGGUCUUCCAGACGGCCACUCGGGCCACACUCUACAACAAAGAGCCAGGGCAGGUGGAGCUGGCCCUGUGGGACACGGCCGGCCAGGAGGACUACGACCGCCUACGACCCCUCUCCUACCCGGACACCCACGUCCUGCUGCUCUGCUUCUCGGUGGACAGCCCCGACUCCCUGUGGAACAUCCCCGAGAGGUGGAUGCCCGAGGUGAGGCACUUCUGCCCCGGGGUGCCCGUGGUGCUGGUUGGCAACAAGAAGGACCUGCGCCAGGACGAGAGGACCCGGCGGGAGCUGGCGAGGAGCAAGAAGGAGCCGGUCAAGUGGGAGGAGGGACGGGCCGUGGCCGAGAAGAUCGGGGCCCACGCUUACCUCGAGUGCUCGGCCAAGACCAAGGACGGCGUGUGGGAGGUGUUCCAGACGGCCACUCGGGCCACACUCAAGACGCCCCGGCAAGGCUGCUUUGACUGCGGCGAGUGCAUUGUGUUGUAACGCACUGGGCAUGAGAGGAGAAGACAGACUGGACUUCACUCAGGUUGAACCCACCUGGUGAAUGGGUAACGAGGGGGAACAUAACUACAUCACACCCCACCCCCAGCUGAAGAAUUCAAGCAUGGAAUAAUCUCCACCCUACUAUAGUUACCCAACCAGAUGCAACUACAUUUAAAGUAGCUCUUUCUUCCCAAUAGCCCUUUCUGGCUUAAGACAUUUGGAAUAUUUUGGAGGACCAAGGAACCAAGGCAUGUCACAGGACUACAAUCAGGAUGUCAUUCGGACAAAUAGGUUUGGCUGCCGACUCAUCUAUAUUCCAAUCAAUUGCCAAUUGAAAUCAAUCGAACAUUUAAAGAGUAAUUGUGCGCAUCUUGGUUAAGUUAAUCUGACAUGGUUGCAAUGCAAUGAAGGGUGUUAUGGGGUUAGGAGGGAGAGAUAGAUCAGCCACGAUGGAAUGGCGGAGUAGACUUGAUGGGCCGAAUGGCUUAAUUCUACUCCUAUCACAUGACCUUAUGAAGGGACGUGUUUAA